AUGAUUAAAGGUAGACAUUACGUCCAGGUUACCCCCAACGAGGGGACCAGUAGCCCUUCUGAAAUCGAGCCCUCUCGCCCGACAGUUGAUGGACCAUCAAGACUCCAAUCGCUGCCUUAUGACAUUCACUAUGAAAUCUGGGGGAUUCUCGACUUCAGAAGCGCUCUAUUCUUGAAAAUUACCAAUCACUGGUUUUACGACAACCUCAAUCUCGAUCGCCUACCGACCACCACAAAGCGGGACUUCCUCGUGAGGGCUGAGCACUUUCCGCAAAACUGGGACAGAUUGGUCUGCUUCUGCUGCGACCGCCUUCUUUCUAAGGACUCUUUUGGAAACACCCAACGGAAAGGACCGCAUGGGAAGAACUCUCCGAACCUAAUUGGAGCUCGGUACGAUCGAUAUUGCUGGGACUGUGGUGCGGAGCAUCGACUUUACCCGCACUCGCAUGCUAUCCCCGUACGGAAAGGAAACGAAUAUUUCUACUAUUGCUCCAAGUGUCGCCAAUUUCACAUCGAACAGGAACGAUGCUGGAAUCCAGAUUCGCCAGACGAUUACGACUGGACGAAGAGAGGCUGGAUGUGUUGGGACGAAGACGAAGGGAAGAACAAGAGCCCCUCAUCCCCUCUACAAAGACUACCACAUGGCAUACAGAAGUGCAUAUUUGAUACGCUCUCCUAUAGAGACUCGAUCAUGCUAGCUGCAACUUCGAAACACUUCCAGUCCAAUGUGGACCCCCAGCAGUGCCCACUGCACGACAAAUACAGGUUCACGACAGAAAUGGCUAAGAAGAAUCCGGCCAUUGUCUUACGGCCAGCUUCAGCCCGCCGUCCGGCUCUGGAGAUUCCAAAGUAUGCCUGCUAUGGCUGCUUCCGGGUGCUCCUGGUCCAAAAGUUCUCCGAGGAGCAGGUCGAAAUGUCACGCGAGUGGCCCCAUCUCUCUUGGAAGCGUCUGUGUCAGCGCUGCGUCUACCGGAUCUACGUCGGUCGCGAGUCCAUUGAGGCACUACAGGAGUGGAAAGUGAGAGAGAUGUGCAAGAAGUGCAAGCUUUUGAAGGUUUGGAGGGAGCAGUGUCUCGGUUGCCGUGAAAAGAACGAGGAGAAAGCCAGAGCUACUGCCCAGCGGAUCAAGGCUGCGAUCAGGAAGGCGAAGCAAGACUCCAGCAGCGAUACAUCGCUACAAAAUGGGGUGCAAGCGACCGGUGUGGAAACUGCAGGUCAAAGCAAGAUUGAUGAUGCUAUCGACUUCGCUCGACCCACGACAAUUUGGGACAAUUCUGAAAACCAGGAAGUUGAUCUUCCGACGCAGGAGAACUCUGGACAUAUCCCCUUACGCUAUUCUCAUGUCAGGGUGCUGUCAAUAGACCAGUUUUUACCGCGCGAUGCGGUAACACCCGAUGAUGAGGAAGUCAGCCGUCUAGAAUUGCUCUGGAAACUAAGGGACCGUCUAUAUCAGUGGACCAUAUUCUUGCGAAAUUCAAGGGCUCGCGAAGUUAUCAAUUAA